GGGCACCUUUUGUGCAAAUAUAUCAAGGGGAGUACCACCCGCGUCAGAUUACUACGUGCGCGAGAGACGAGGCGAAAGUGCGCGAGAGACGGGGCGAAAGAGAGAGAGAGAGAGAGAGAGAGAGAGAGAUUUACAGUUCUAAAAAGAAAACCCAAGCCUCAUAGAAGCUGCCCGCUUGCUCGAACCAACACAACCGAAAGGCGCAAAGUUGUUAAAGAGAAAAUAAAGAAAAAACGACUGUCAUCAUGGACGGGAUAAACUUCGGACACGCGUGGCUUGUGUGCACCUUGCUUCUGUGCCCAUUGCACCUGUGCCGAGCGUUGGUGACGGUCAACGUGGCUCCGGAAGUGGAGGUGCUGAAGGACGAGACGGCCAGGCUGCACUGCUCAUACACCAUUUCGCCGCCGUCCGGAAACAGCCUCGUGGAGUGGCACAUCGAGGUGCAGGGCAACAGGAAGCGUGUGGCCUACCGCAAGCAGGGCGGCGAGGCCAAGAGCGACAAUGACACGCCGCUUAGCGGCCGCGUCAGCAUUAGCGAGGACUUCACCUUGACCAUCACCUCGGUCCAACCCUCCGACGGCCUCACCUACUUCUGCUCGGUCACUGCUGGACCCGCCGGCAACGGAGAAGGCGCCACCGGGCUCAAAGUCUUCUUUGCGCCAGAGAACCCCAUCAUCACAAAGGCGUCAACGCAAGCCAUUUCUGUGGGGCAGCCUGGCAGCUCCGAGAUCGGUAACUGCGUUACGAUGAAUGGACACCCGCAGCCAAGAAUCAUCUGGUUUAAGGAUGGCCAGCCCCUUGCCGAGGUCAAGGACCGGAAAGAAAAGACCUACAUGAUUCCGUCUCUGGUGAAGGAGGCGUCGGGCCUGUACACCGUCAAGAGCACGCUCUACAUGCAGCCCACCAAGGCUGACAAGGACUCGGUGUUCCAGUGCACGGUGGAGUACCGCAUGCCGGGAGACCAAAUCAAGCAGAAGAGGUCCGACACCAUCGACCUCAACCUCAACUACCCCUCGGAGACGGCGACCUUUACCCUGCUCAAUACCGGCCCCGUCAAAGAGGGCGAUAACGUCACCAUGAAGUGCGAGACUGACGGGAACCCUCAGCCUGAGUUCGACUUCACCAAAGACGACAAGUUCAUAGCAGCCCAGGGCGGCCUUCUAGCGUUGCAAUCGGCCAAGCGCACCGACUCUGGCGUGUACACGUGCAAGGCCAUCGACUUUGACAAUCUGGACGCUGAACUGACGGGCCAGAUCACCCUCAACGUGCACUACAUGGAUCCGAUGAAUGUGACCCCAGCCAAGCCUCAGGUUGUCAUGCUCGGAGACACCGUGGAAUGGCAGUGCAAGACCAAAGCCUCGGCCCCUCAUACAGUGCAAUGGAAAAAGGGCUCUCAGGUCCUCUCCCAGGACGGGACCCUCUCCAUAACAGCCGACUCCUACGAGAAACACGGAGAGUACGAGUGCGUCGGGGCCGUGCCGUCCGUGCCGGGACUGACGGCCCGGGCUAGUGCUGCCCUCACCAUCAGAGGACAGCCCGUGAUCGAGACGCCGAUUGCCGGGGAGGUGGCCAAUGUAGGAGAUAUGGUGUCCCUCAGGUGCUCCUCCUACGGUUUCCCCGUUCCGCAGUUCAUCUGGAAGCCAUCGGGGAAAGAGUCUGUGACGGUGGAGGGUAACAAGGCGGUGAGCACCGUCGUCCUGCCGGCCAGCGCCGUCGUCAUGAAGGACGGCGUGACCUGCGAGGUGGCUAACGAGUACGGCACCGAUAGCAAGACCUUCAGUGUAUCUCUCAAAAGAGUUCACAACUCCGCCGACAGAGCUGACCAGCAGCAGGGCGGUUCCAGCGGGGUGGUGAUUGCCGUGGUGGUGUGCGUGCUGCUGCUCCUGCUGCUGGUGGCCCUCAUCUACUUCCUCAACAAGAAGAGCAAGCUGCCCUGCUCCAAGAAGGACACAAAGCAAGUGGCGGACGCUGAAGUGAACAAUGACAUCGUCGUUGAGAUGAAGACUGACAAGGCCAACGAAGAGGCCGGUCUCCUCAACAAGAGACCGCCCGCAGAACAGUGAUGAACGAAGAUCGGCAGAGGGACCAAGGGAAGAGGCUCGACAGUUAUGAAGAAAAAAAAACAUCACCGAUUUGUAUUUGCUACGCUUUUAAAGGGGACCGGAGAGCCAAAGUCGACUGGCAUCACCCAAUGACGCUUUCAUGAAUCAAUUACAUAUUUGGCUUACUCCGUGGCAGAGUAGUGCAAUGGUAUGCCAUCAAAAGUACUUCAAAUAAUGUGGCCCCAAUACAACAAUGUCACGCUGCUGUGCCCCGGAGUCUGCACUUCAAACAAAUCACUGCUUGUGUGUGUGUGAAAUUCUAGGGACAGACUGUCUUUUCCCACCUCCGUAAUCAAGACUGUCUGCUUUCAUUUCUGCUUUGCUUUGGCAACAUUUGAUGACAUCAUGCAUAUUUACACUGUUUUCAAAAGUAUUGGGACAUCUGCUUCUGGCUGGAUUCACACUGCGGGAACAAUUUUGAUUUCAUGCUCACAUCACAUUUUUUGGACAGUCAAUCACAGUUUUACACAAAAAUCACAUGACAUAACAUUGUAUUGAUUUAAAUGAGAGUAGCCUUGGCUGUCAUCUGCUACUAUUGUCUUGAUCUAAUAAUGGGCGCACCUCCAAUGUAGCAUAUUUACAAUUUAUUUAAUUUCCUCACUUUAAGAUGUGGUCUAGAUUAGCUGAGGGUGGGGUUUUUUUGUGUUGUUUAGGCAGAUGCGGGUGGGCACUAUACAUCUGGCAUAAAAUACGGAUUUGACCCCCCUCGCUUUCUUUUCCAGAUAUAUUGUGAGCUUCGAGGCCGGCCAAGGCAUUUCCAACAUAUUCAUUUGUACUUAUAGAAAUUUGCUUUGUCCACUUUCUUUUCCUCUCAGUUUUUGUCCUCAUCUUUUGUAAUUCCAUUUUUUUUAGCAGAAUGAAACCGUUCGACAGAAAUUGCAGGGACGAGGAGGUCCAAGCUGGGACAAUUGCUCGUCAUUUGAGGGCCAGGCCAUUAUGAUGGGAAGUUUGCCAAAUGUGUUUUUAGUUAUUCUGGGGAUUUAUUGCUGCAUUGUUUUAAGAUGUUGAAAAUGUCGCAACAGCAAAUCAGACUUUUGAGUAUGUUUGUGUGUAUGUGGAGGGCGGUAUUGAUGAUACGAUAGCGGCUUGAUGUGACCGUUCACUUUUGUUGUACACUGGAACUAAUGUCCUUGAGUUAAAAAGACAAACAAAAAGGUUCACCUGGAGCCACUGUCCGAUUUUGUAUUUCAGUGUGUCUACUGAUCUCGACUGUUAGCAAACCUCUUACGGCAGGCUUGAACUCCGAACAUCUGUUCACCGUUUUAGUCACUGUUUUAUAAAAAAAAUCAUGUGCUUGUCGCUUCCUUUUUUGUCAUGUUCGGUACUACUGAAUAGGAUUUUUUUAUUGCCUGUUUUCUCUUUUAAGGAUUAUUAUUUGGAGAAGAUUCUCCAUGCUUGACUUCUCUUGACUGUAAACUGUAUAUUUUGUGGUACGCUCAUGUGGUGUGUUUAUGUAUCAUUUUUUUUGUAUUUUGUUCCAGUUGGUUUGAAUUUAUAAUGGGAAAAAAAACACUCAA